UAUGCGAGGAAGUUUAACUUGAUUGUAGGUUAGCACCUGAUACCAUAUUGUUUAUCUUUUCAGGUUUCUUAUGAAACUCAGUCAUGAGACAGUGACAAUUGAAUUGAAAAAUGGAACACAAGUUCAGGGAACCAUUACAGGUGUGGAUGUUGCAAUGAACACACAUUUAAAAAGUGUGAAGAUGACGCUGAAAAAUAGUGAACCUGUUAGUUACGACACACUUACUAUUCGAGGAAACAACAUUAGGUAUUUCAUUCUGCCUGAGUCUCUGCCUUUGGAGAAUCUCCUUAUUGAUGAUGGUCCACGUGCCAGAAGGGGUAGAGGAAUGGGUGGCCGUGGUGGGCGGGGCGGACGUGGCCGAGGAGGUGGACGUGGUGGUAGAGGACGUGGCGGUCCACGUGGAAGAGGCAGAGGUGGACCUCCACGUCGUUAAUACCUAUAGUAAUAAGCCUCAUCCCUCUUUUGAAUUGAAGUCAAGUCUGUGUAGUAAGCCCGUAACAAGGCUUUAUAAUAUAAAAUGUUUGAACCAAAAGUUCUAGUUACUAAGAUUUGAUUCAUUUUAUACUCGGUGCAUGGCCAUUGAAACAUUUGAGUAUUUUAUUAUUGGUACUAAAGAAGCUUUGACCACCGUACC